GAAAUCCAACUCAAUAACCAGAGUUGGAGUGUGCGUGAAAUUGAAUUUCCCAACUCAAAAUCACACCCUCCCUCUCUCUUCCACGAUCAUUGCCGAAAAAUGAUUAGUGGUAUCGGAGUCAUUCGUGCGUGUUGCCUACGCCUUCCGUACUCCGCUGAGACUCCUCUACUCGGACCAUCUUCGCCUUCUUUCCGCUGCCGUCGCAACCGCCGGCUAUUUACCACCACUUGCUCCGUCUCCGUGGCGCCGAAGAAGAAGGAGAAGGUUAUUGUGAUAUCCGGGCCCACCGGUGCCGGAAAAAGCAGGCUCGCUCUGGAGCUCGCGAAGCGGCUCAACGGAGAGAUCGUCAGUGCGGACUCAGUCCAGGUAUAUCGAGGUCUUGAUGUUGGAUCUGCAAAACCUUCAUUGAGUGAAAGAAAGGAAGUACCACACCAUUUGAUUGACAUAUUGCACCCAUCUGAAGAGUAUUCUGUUGGGCAAUUUUUUGAGGAUGCAAGGCAAGCUACAAAAGAUAUUCUUGAUGGUGGGCGUGUUCCAAUAGUUACUGGUGGGACUGGAUUGUACCUACGGUGGUUCAUAUAUGGGAAGCCAGAUGUCCCAAAAGCCUCGCGUGAGGUUACUUCUGAAGUGUAUUCAGAGCUUGCAGAUUUGCAAAUGAAAGGUGACUGGGAUGAAGCUGUGCAGUUGGUGGUUAAAGCUGGUGAUCCGAGGGCCCAAUCUUUAGCUGCCAAUGAUUGGUAUCGUUUACGUCGCAGUCUUGAAAUCAUUAAGUCUAGUGGGUCACCUCCAUCUGCCUUUCGUGUGCCAUAUGAUUCUUUCAGGGAACAGUUUGAUUCCCUUGUUACAGACAGCCCUCCUGCCAGCAACACUUCUGCUGAUGGACUCAAGGACAGUAACUCAAAAGAAUUGGAUUAUGAGUUCAUUUGUUUUUUCCUGUCAAGCCAACGGCUGGAUCUCUAUCGAUCGAUUGAUUUCCGGUGUGAAGAUAUGCUUUUAGGAGGUGAUGGGAUUUUAUCAGAGGCCAGAUGGCUUCUUGAUAUUGGUCUUCUGCCAAAUUCUAAUUCUGCAACUCGAGCUAUUGGUUAUCGACAAGCUAUGGAAUACUUGGUUAAGUGUCGAGAACAGGGAGGAGGGAGUUCUACAAGAGACUUUUAUGGGUUUUUAUCUGAAUUUCAGAAAGCAUCUAGAAAUUUUGCUAAAAGGCAGUUGACAUGGUUUCGCAAUGAGGACAUUUAUCAUUGGAUUGAUGCUUCUAGACCGCUGGAAAAUGUGCUCAACUUUAUUAUCGAUGCAUACCGUGACCAAAGUGAGAAUUUGACUGUGCCUGAAUCACUUAGCAUGAAGAGAGACUUAUCUAACCGCCGAGAAAUAUCGGCACUAAAGUCGUAUCGCACUAGAAAUAGGCAUUUCAUCAACCGUGAAGAUUGUUCAGAUAUUAUAGAAUGGAUAAAUACUGAAAGGCAAAUAGUUGAAUCUAUUUGUUAGUUAGCACUUGCGAGUUCAGUUUUGACCUUCUGGAUGGGAAACAUCUAAAAGAUUUUUAGUUGCUUGCAAAGCAAAACCGUGGGAUUCCAGUGGCAAAUCAACCAUUAGCAUUCAUCAUCUUUGAUGCCUGAAGCCCUUCCUGAUUAUUUUCACUGAGGCAAGCUGUUGAUUAUGAGUCUACGUGUGUUGCAAGCCAGUGAUUUAGGCAGGGUGAUAUUGAGGUAAAUGUGUAAAAUGCAUUCUAAUGUCUCCUAGAAUCUGUUGUCAUUUAGUGGGAAAUUAUUAAGUUUUGCUCAAUAUUUAACUGGACAAUACAAAUAAAUGUCUUCUAAUUUUGCUGUCAACAUUUGUCAAUCUUCACUAGUCCUGACCUCUACAGAUUACUGAUUAGAGAACUCUCUACUCUUGAUGUGGAGUUUUUUUUCUUGUGACUUGAGCAUCAUACUUGUGAGAAUACAUACAAUGAGUUCUUGUAGCA